GCUUAUAUACUUGGAAGGAGAAGCGCGUGCGAUCUUUCCUCUGCAGUCCCGUAUUCCAGCUGUCUUAUUUUAAGGGAGAUGAAGCUGUGUGUGCUGCUGUUCUUGGUGGUGAUGCCGGCGUCUUGGGCACAGGAAGACUUGGAGGGUAAAGUGUUCAUCUUCCCCAUAGAAGGCAGCGCAGAUCAUGAUGUGAUUCUGAAACCUACAAUUACAAAGCCGUUGCAGAAAGUCAGCGUCUGUCUAAAUUCCUACAGUGAUCUUUCACGUGGUUACAGUCUCUUCUCUCUCGCUACUACAGAAAGUAAAAAUGCUUUUGUAUUCUUCUCAAAGUCUCCAAACCUCUAUUAUGUAGCUGUAAAUGUACAACAAGCAUAUAUUAGGACAGACUCGGAUUCCUUGAACUGGAGACACAUCUGUGUGACCUGGGACUCCGACACUGGAGUGGUCCAACUUUGGGUCAAUGGAAAGAUCUACCCCAGAAAAGUCUUAUCAAAAGGGUUUUCUAUCGAUGGUGAAACCAGCAUUGUUCUGGGACAUAUUAAGAGUAGUUAUGGGGGAUAUUCUCCAUCUCAACUGUCAUUUGUUGGAGAAAUAAGUGACGUCCACAUGUGGGAUUUUGUCCUGACUCCAAGAGACAUCCAGAAAGUCAUCUCUGGUGACCGCUAUGGAAAUGUCAUUAGUUGGAAGUCUCUAGUCUAUGAAAUGAAAGGAGAAGUUCUUCUUCAACCCAAACUUCAAUGCAAGUCCGGGGGGUCCGUCAGCUCAGUAUGUACACCGUGUUAUUAGUGUAUGUAAAAAGUCAAAGCUUUCUUUUGGUUUUGGAUAGAGCAGGGAAGGGUUAAAAUCAACACCAGGCUCUUAUUGCUGCCUGAAGGGUCUGGAAUGGAUAUUUGGGGGGAACACCACAUCAUUUUUUUUUUUAACCACU